CGUGCACAAACGCAGUCAGCCUGCAUAUAAACACAGAGAGAAUGUAGACGCACCAAGAGAGCAGAGCAGCGCUUCACAACUAAAGUCUGGGCUCUGCAGGCAGGACGACACAGUCAUGAAGCCGGUGUUGAGAGCUUUGCUAGUUCUGGGCCUGGCCACACUGUUGCACACCACCAGGACAGACCAGAAGGUCUCUGUGAAGUUGUGGCGUAGAACCAAACUGAAGGGCAGCAUAGGGAGACUGGUCCUGGAUCCCUCAGUGCAGCCUCAGAUUGGCAUCACGUCGGCCUCGACCAUCGCCAACAUGUCUCUGUCACCAUGGACGUACAGAGAAUCCUGCAUAGCAUCUCGGUUGCCUAGGCAUAUAUCCCAUGCUCAGUGCCUGACCUCCGGCUGUUUGAGCUUGCAGGGGGAAGGGGAGGACACAGGCUUGGUGGCUAAACCUAUCUACUACCAGGUCCUAGUCCUCCACAGAGUCCCAAGGCAAAGGCACAACAACAGCAGAGGGGGGAAACCAAGGAAAAAGUAUGACUUCAAACUGGGGACGGAGGUGAUCACAGUGGGCUGUACCUGUGUGAGGCCUGCUGUCGUAACCCAUCUGUAACACACAGGAGACUUGUGGUGUUAGCAACUCUUUCAGUAUACUGUAGGCCAGAGAAACCCCAACCCCCCUUGCUUAGUUUUGCUCAAUUCCUGGAUGUCUAUGAUAUAACGAUUAUGUUAUUUGAUCCCGUAGAUACUCAACAAUUGAGCCAAGAUAGUCUAAUUUUGCUGUUUGACAUAACUUCAGACUACACCAAAUACUUAAAAAAUUUCUGUCCUACAAUAUUAAUUAGUUUCUGACUCUGGGAAAGUGGAAAAAAACUUCAUAACUACUCUCUCUCUUUAACCAGAUCAUACACAUUUGGGCAAUUAUGUGAUCUCCAUUUGAUAACUACUGUUAUAUUAUUAUUAUUAUUCAAUUCCAUUCACUGAGCCUCCCUUGAAACAAUUUGGAGCCCCCCCUGGGGAGACAGAUACUCUAUGAAGAAAUUCUCUGACUCAUUCUAGUGCUUCUAAUGGCAUUUGCAAGAAUCCACCGGGCCUGAAUGGAAACAACAAAUCAGAGCCAAGAAAGAUAGUUGACUGCUGUGUCUCAUUCCCAGGCUGGUAAAUACAGGUGCUUUGAGACCUUGGGACUGAGACUCAACAGUCAACUAUCUUCAAGCCUCCAAUCCAAAGUGUCUUUCUAUCUUGCUUGGGUCUGAUUGGUUGUUUUGUUGAAGCCCAUUGGAUUAUUGCAAACGUCAUUAGAAACGCUACAGGAUAAUACUUUAUUUUUAUUUACUUUUAUUGCUAAUAUGAAAGGGCAUUUGUUUUGACUGUUUUGUUUAAUUAGCAUGUCUCCACUUGAUAGCAUAUUAGCCAUUAGCCUGCCAGCAACAGUAGUUGCCAGCAGGUAUUUCAUGAAGUUGUGCAAAUUAAUAAAAUAUUAACAAGUUGAUGUUGUAACACUGAUAGUAACAAAGAGGUGCAUUUCUUUCUGCCCCCUAGUGGUGAAAACCUGCCUAAUAUGGUUUUAACCCAGAGAUAAAAGAACAGUUGACAGUAUAAUUUUUAUUUUUGUUGUUUUUAGCUUAUAUUAUUGUUUUAUUGUAUUAUUUUAUUCCAUUUUUUAUUAUUUUCAAUUGCCUGAUUUGUUGCAAAUGUUUUCUCAGGAUAGGAGUCUUAAAAGGGAUGUUGUUCAAAAUAUAUUUGCAUAUGGUAAUAUAAAUUUUUGGGGUGUCUGUAUGUUUCAUGGUUGUUUUGAACUCAUAUCUGAUAAUAACCCUGUUCUUAUUUUAUUGUAAACAAUAUCAACA